AUGUUCAUUCAAUUACCUUGUGAAAUUCUUGCCAACAUUGCAAGAUUUAUGUUACAGAUUGACAAAUUGCAAUGUUCACUAGUUUGUAAAUCGUGGUGUCGACCAUUCCAAGAAUCAUUGUGGAAAACAUUAGAGGUUAAGACUACAAACAAGAUCAAUGAGAUUUGCAGAUCACCCAACAAUCAAAGCAUCUAUCGUGAUAAUGGUCAUCUUGUUCAGACAAUACUCCUUGGGAAUUCAAUUUGUGUAAAAGAAAAGGAACUUCUCACUAUGCAACGCCAUUUUACAAACUUGAGAUACCUCAAUAUUCCCUGUGGUGGCUUGAAUAGAACUGAAUUUGGAGGCACAACGAAAUGGGAGCUUUGGAGAUCGCUGACAGACCUAAGAAUACAUAUACCUUACAUAAGAACGGGUGAAAAAAAGCGAAUCAUGAGCAUCAUACCUAACCUACCGUGCCUCAGGCGACUGGAAUUUGAAGACGAUGGGUGGGACAACAGAUCAUUGUACACGUUUCAAGAUCUUGAACAAAUCCACUCGUAUUUACCACGACUGACAUGUUUGGACAUGUGUAUAAAGCUUGAACCAAUACCAAUGAGCAUCAUGGAUCAGAUCGAGUGCGUUUCUCCAGCAAUUCACUUGACAAAAACUAUGUUUGCGAUCCGUCAUGUGGAUAUUACAUGGCUGUAUUACUUUUCAGUCAAAUAUCCAAGCAUGGAUUCUCUCAGAUGGAGAAUUAAAUACCAUUAUAUAUUACCAAAGGUUGAUAUGGUCAAGGUUACUGAAAUGCUUUCGGAACGUUCGUGUAUAUUUCCCUGUCUAAAGAAGAUUGACUUUGAAGAAGCAUCGGGGCUGUCAGUACCAGAUUCUGUGUUUUUGAAUAUGUUUUCAAAAUUUCCUGGGACUAUUGAUCACUUCCACUACACCUUGAACGGAAAAAACGUUAAAUCACUGCAAGUCAGUACACUUUCUUCGAGAUUCCAAAAGAAUUGGGCGGCUUCUCUUAAAUCUCUUUUCUUUACUUUUCCCGAGAGUUCAUUUUCUUCCAGUGAAGAAAGGAUAUCUUUUGGCAUGUUGCCGGUUCUAGUUAAUUUACGUGUCAAGCUACUGUCUGGCUACGUUGAAUUGGACCUUCUUUUGAAAAAUUGCCCAGCCAUGAAGAAACUUUAUUUGGAAGCUGGAAAGGUCACAUUUAGCACAAUAUUCCCACAGAAUGUGUCUCGACACGGAUUGCAAGAGAUUGAACUUGAUUCAAUGGAAGUACACUCAGAUAUAUAUAGGCACAUUUCAAACUGUUGCAGAGAACUUUCUAGCAUGAGAGUAAGGAAUAUACGCAUGGAAGACACUGAUUCAUCAGAAUUCAAGAGCAUAUACUUGGACAUGCCGUACACACGCUUAAAAAUGCUGAAUUUGGUGCGGUUUAGGCUGUCACACCAGACCUAUGAUAAACAAUGUUUACAUUACACCCAUCUGAAUCGUAUUCAACUACUGACUAUUGAACAAACGGGACCAAUUACCAGGCCAAUUGAUUCUCUACCUGAUGAAAACAACCAAAGAAAUAUGGCAGCCACAUCAUGGUUCCAUCAAUACAGGGUUAAUGCUCACCCAAGCAUCGAACGGGCUGUUUGGAUGCUCGGGGAAGAAGAGACCCGAGUGGCCGAGUUUUAUUUUUCAUCUGCAUCUUCCGGUGUUUCCCAGAGGGUAGAGGAUCCAAAUACAGCAAGGGAUUGUUUUGGACUGGUGGACAAAUCGUCUUGGAAGGAUGAUCUUUUGCGAGGAUAUAUUAAAUUGCGAUGUAAAUCGGUGGCUGUGUGUAACAUUGACGGAACUAUAUUUUAUGGUGGUGUUUAG